AAAUACCAACAUAUUUGUCUUUCAACAUAACAAAGUCAUCCUAUCGUUCAUGUCACUCGUUCUCAUACUUUUUCAUUAGCUUUCCAUUUGUACUGCUAACUCUUCUCAAUUGAUCCUCUUCAUUGUCGUUUUAGGCUAUCCUGCUCAAACUUAUGAUUAUGGUACACCUGAUGAUCGGCUCUAUUCAAUAGCAGCCGCCUCAUUUCUACAACAAACAGGGAAUUAUCAAUCAUCACAACAAUCAUCAUCUCAGGCACAAGGCGUGGCAUCUGUUACACAAGUACCCACAUACCAUGGUGGUUCAGUGACACCACCUAUAACUGUCACAGGUGAUGCUAAAACAUUAAGUUAUGCAGCACGUGAUCCAACAAUGAUUCAAAAUGCGUCUGCUCUCGCUCAACAAAUGACUCUACUACCACAGUACCCACAACAAACAGCUCCAAGUUACGGAUUUAUAUUGCCACCUGGUUUAUAUAAUCAACCACAAAAAGAGCAACAACUUGAUUAUACAAAUUAUGCUAUGCGUGCAACGUCAGCAACAAAUCAGCCACGAACAAAUACCGAUAUGCUAAAACAAGGACAAACAAGAGUUGUUGCUCUAGACAUGUCAACUGUAAAUUAUCAUCAAGGUGGUGGCACACAGACACCACCUCCUGUUCAACAAGCACAGUAUUUGUUUGCAAUGGCUCCUCAUACGGCUACACCACCACAACAACAAAUACAACAAAAUGCUCAACAACAAACUCAACAACAAUCGAGUCAGCAGAAACAACAAAAUCAACAAUCGCAACGUUAUCAACAACAGGCUCCCCAACAAAAUCUUCGAUUGGUACGUGAUCGUGAAACAGAUCGUUUUCGUGGAUUUGCUUAUGUCGAUUUCGAAGAUCAAGAUUCUUUACGACAAGCGCUGAGUUUCGAUGGUGCAAUGAUCAACGACAAAAGUAUUCGUAUCGAUGUAGCUAGUGUAACACAGAGACAAAAUAAUCAAGGUUUUACAGGACGUACUAAAGGUGAUUACAAUGAUGAGAAUGGUAAUGGGCAACAACGACGUGCUGGCGGUUAUCAUCAAGUGCAACAGCAGUCUCAAAGGCGUGGACAGCAGUUCAGACAAAAUGGCGACGAUCGGCAGUAUGAUGACAGAAAUGGAAAUAUGAGAGGAAGACCAAAUUAUUAUCAAAGUGAUUCUGGUUAUUACGAACAGCAGCCUCACUAUAACAAUCGUCGUGAUUACCAACCGCGAAAAUCUUCAGAUGAUUUCGAUAAUCAUGGUCAAAAUCAUGUUAAUUAUCAACAGCAACCACAACAAGAAUUUCGUGGUGGAUAUCAAAAUAGACGACAACAGCCAACAUCACGCACAAAUAGCUCGCCACAUAAUGAACAAUCUCGUGAACGAACACAUAGUCAACGCAAACGUUCGUCAAAUAACGAUGAUGAUGUCUUUACAGCAGCCGUUGUGCCCGAAAUAAAUAGCGAGGGAGCAAGAACAGAUGAAUUUGACCAUUUACACGAUGGAUUAGAACAUGAAGAAGAACACUAUGAUCACGAAAAUGACAAAGAAAUUUUAUAUGAUGGUGUUAAUGAAGACAAAUUAGCAGACAUGCAAAAUCAGCAGACUGGUGGAGCUGGUCCGGUAAACCAACGUCAACGUAGUAAAAAUUGGGCUGACUGUGAGCCAGCUUUGGAUUCUGCUGAUGAUCAUCCUGAUACGUUUGGUAAUUCAGAACCACAUUUUUCACCUACACACAAAUCAGUUGAUUCUCAACAACAAUCUCAGCCAUUUAUGUUUGACAAAUUUGGCGGACCACCACAGCAACAGCGUGGCUAUCGGCAAGGGGGAAGAGGUGGUGCCGGAAGAAAUAGCAAUCGCGGAUUGAUGGAUGGUAAUUUUCAACAGCAACGCGAUCGCUUUUCUACACGUGGACCGAUGACAGACGGUGGCGGAAUGAGAAAUGGACGCGGAACUGAUCUUGGUAAUAAUAAUAUGUUUCGAGGACAAAAACAACUGUAUAAUAAUAAUAGGGGAAAUUAUCAUAAUCAGUUUCAAGAUUACCAAUAUAGGCAGCCAGGACGUCAAUCAUCAACACGUGUUUUAAGUGAUACGGAUAAUAAACAAGCUGAUAUUAAUAAUAAUCAACCCUCACCGAAUGAUAAAACUAAAGAGUCGUUAUCAAAUGCUGUUGAACGACCUCGUUUACAAUUGUUACCACGUUCAGCCCCACUUAAUUCUGCGUCAAGAAAUGCAGGCAUCUUUGGCACUGGUAAGCCCCGUGAUGAAUCAGAUCCAAAAGUAGCUGAAUUUGAUAAACAUAUUGAUGAAAAAGUUGAGAAAGAACGCACUGAAUCAUUAACAGACAUUAUAUCUACACCACCGAUAACACCAACAAAUGUUAAUACUAAAUCGACACGAUUGAAUACUGAAUUUCACCCCGUUAUACUUCGACAUUAA